AUGCGUUAUACUCAGCUAUUUCUCUCAUUUUUCCUCUUGUUCACCUUCGUUGUCGCUCUGCCUACGCCGGCACCUGUGGAAGCCCUCGUUGAGCGAGCCAGUAACAAAAAGGGGAGUACCAACACAGGCGGAAAGAAGAAUGCCAAGGCUGAGGCCGCUGGCAUCGAUAAAAACAUUGCUAUUCAAAAGCAGGAGAAGCAGGACGCCAAGAACGUGGCAAAGGCCGAGGGGACUAAGAACUUUGACAAGGCCAAGGGCAAGCUCGUCGGCACCGUCAAAUCCGGCGAGAAAGUCCGCGAGCAGAAUCAAGCGAAAGCCGACAAGAGCAACAAGCAGCUCACUGAUGGUCUGAAGAAGGUCCAAGGUGCGCAGGCUACAGAGGAGAAGCAAGCCAAGAGCUUGAAAGGCAACAACUCUGCGUCCGAUAAGAAAACCCUCAAAACCCUUCAGGGUGAGUUUGAUAAGGGCAUCAAGGUGAACGAGGGCAACAAGAAGGCUGCUCUUAACGGUGGCAAGAGCAACAAGGGCAAAAAGGGCAACUAG